AGAUGGAGCAGAAGGACAUUUGGAGGAGAGAGGGAAAGUCCAGCGCCAUCCCAGGCGGUGAGGACAGCCACUGGAGCUCUGCCCGGGGCGGGAUGAACGGACACAGCCGGAACGGGCAGCCCCAUGCCCCCCGGCGGAAGCGCCGCAACCGCUUCGUCAAGAAGAAUGGCCAGUGCAACGUUUACUUUGCCAACCUCAGCAACAAGUCCCAGCGUUACAUGGCCGACAUCUUCACCACCUGCGUGGACACGCGUUGGCGGUACAUGCUUAUGAUUUUCUCCGCCGCUUUCCUGGUCUCAUGGCUUUUCUUUGGCCUCCUCUUCUGGUGCAUUGCCUUCUUCCACGGCGACCUGGACCCCAGUCCAGCCCCAGUACCCGGACCCGCUGGAGCAGGCCCCGGGGGAGGCGGGAGCCCACCACCUGCGGCUGUGAAGCCUUGCAUCAUGCAUGUGAACGGCUUCCUGGGAGCCUUUCUCUUCUCAGUGGAGACUCAGACCACCAUUGGCUAUGGCUUUCGCUGUGUGACGGAGGAGUGCCCAUUGGCUGUCAUGGCUGUGGUGGUGCAGUCCAUCGUGGGCUGCGUCAUUGACUCCUUCAUGAUCGGCACCAUCAUGGCCAAGAUGGCGCGGCCCAAGAAGCGGGCCCAGACGCUGCUCUUCAGCCACCAUGCUGUCAUCUCUGUGAGGGAUGGCAAGCUCUGCCUCAUGUGGAGGGUGGGCAACCUAAGAAAAAGCCACAUUGUGGAGGCCCACGUCCGGGCCCAGCUUAUCAAGCCGUACAUGACAGAGGAGGGUGAGUACCUGCCCCUGGACCAGCGGGACCUCAAUGUGGGCUACGACAUUGGGCUGGACCGCAUCUUCUUGGUGUCCCCCAUCAUCAUUGUCCAUGAGAUCGAUGAGGAGAGCCCCCUCUAUGGCAUGGGCAAAGAGGAGCUGGAGUCAGAGGACUUUGAGAUUGUGGUCAUCCUGGAGGGCAUGGUCGAGGCCACGGCCAUGACCACCCAGGCCCGCAGCUCCUACCUGGCCAGCGAGAUCCUCUGGGGCCACCGCUUUGAGCCCGUGGUCUUUGAGGAGAAGAGUCACUACAAGGUGGACUACUCACGUUUCCAUAAGACCUACGAGGUGGCCGGCACACCCUGUUGCUCGGCCCGGGAGCUCCAGGAAAGCAAGAUCACGGUCCUUCCUGCCCCUCCGCCACCGCCCAGUGCCUUCUGCUAUGAGAACGAGCUGGCACUCAUGAGCCAGGAGGAGGAUGAACUCGAGGAGGACGUAGCUGGCCUGGGGCUGGAGGGCGGCUCCAAGGAAGAUGGCGGCAUCAUUCGCAUGCUGGAGUUUGGGAGCCACCUGGAUUUGGAGAGGAUGCAGUCCACCCUGCCCCUCGACAACAUCUCCUACCGCCGGGAGUCAGCCAUCUGACCUCCUGCCCUCCCGUCUAGCCCUGUGUCCCCCUUGUCACCUCAGGCCCUGAUGUACCCCCAUUCCCUGACCCCUUGUGGGAAGAUCCCCCUUUCUAGACAGGAGAAGGACCAGCAGACCAUGAACAUUCCCUCCCUCAGUAUCCAUGGGACAAACGCUCCUCCCUCCCAAGGACAGAACCCACCCAGGCCAUAGGAACCCUUCUGGUGGCCACCUGGGGCCAUGAGAAAUGAGUGUAUGAGCAGGAGUCUAUCCCCCUUGCCUUCUCACUUCAGUGCUCAAGAAUUAGACCCUGACAACAGGGAAGACCCUAUCCCUGAGUUCUGCCCAGUCAACCAUUCCACACCGUCUACUGCUGUGGGCCUGACUCCACUUGGGCACCCAGAACUGCCCAACAUGGCACCCUUAGGCCCUUCCAGGACAUGCCCCCAAUUGCCCUGGAGAACUUUGGGAAGGUUCCUGGGACAGAUAUGGGGGCAGGAGGCUCACACAGAGGCCAGGGCUGGAAGGCUGGU